UUAUGUUUAAUGAAUUUGCAUUAGUUUCGAGACUUUGUGAAGAACAACAAAGCACUGAUUCUCAUAAUAAUUCUCCAACUUACAUACUGACAUGCACUUCCGGUCGAUACAUAAGGUAAGACCAAAGAACGCGAGAACCCAUAUCAUGCGUGUCACUAUUUUAGUACGUUUCUACGCAACGCGUGAAUGUCCUUCCUAAAAACCCGGAAUCGCAAUACCUUUGUGCGAUAAAAAUGGUAACUUGUUGUGUGUCAAUGGGGGAAACAAAUCGAGAAACACGAGACAAACAGGUAAACGAGAAGCGACAAAAAUGAAUGAAUCAGCCGAUUUGCCAUGUAGCGGUAACAGUUGUAGAGCUCGCACCGGAUAGAGAGGAAUGUUGUUUAUGUGCUGCAUAUUCUACACAAAACAUAGCAAAAAUGAGGCACGUGCUGCUCGAAACUGGUUUCUCGGGUGUCUCUCCCUCUCGCUGACGGUGGCACGAAACACAGUGGAUUCAUUGCCAGGGUCAAUAAGCUGAAUGAAGCUGCACUCCGCACGGUAUUGUGGGCCGAUGCAAGGCACGGGUUGAGGUGUUGAUUAUGCAAUAAUAAUAGCGCUUGUGGGUGACGAGCCAUUCGUUCCAAUGAUUGUUGGUGAAUAUGACUAAGCGGAAAUUCUUAAGGCUGACAUUUGUUGUCCUUGCGGUUUGUUGGACAACAAAGAGCAGUGAUGCAUACAGAAAUGUGCAACCGGAAGAGGUCAGCUUCCGACGUGACAACGUCGAAGCUGUCCCACCGAGAAUUCUGGAGAAAACAGCAGCAUAUACCCAGGAUGAUGUUUUCGGGACCAGAUCACUUCCGCUGAGAAGUGCUGUGGAAAGCACUCCCGUUAACUUGGUCGACGAACGAGUUCCACUCCGUGAUGCGGUCGAGUUCCGCAUCCUGGACAUGGAUGACGCUAUUGAGGAUGUUAUCAGUGAGGUUAAGUCUGUGGUUUCUUCGGAAAAGGAAAGAUAUGAAUCGGGCGAGUCAUUUGAGUAUCGUGCACCAGAGCUUCCAUACUUCCGGAACAAAUAUGCAGCCUAUCAGUUUCCUUCACACUAUGAUACUAGCAAACCACAGCCGUUUAGAUACGGUUCGCCCUAUCAACAGCUGGUAGACAUCAGUACUCUGAAGCAGAUUCCACAGGUGGAGUACAAUCAGGUCCAAAAGGUGGCUGAAUUGAAACAGGCUCCUAGUGACUUGAAAGUCAUCUGCCACAUGACAAACUGGGCCUUCUACCGGAAGGAUGAUGCUCAAUUUGUUCCUGAACAUAUUGACAAUAAGUUGUGUACACAUAUCAUCUACUCGUUCGCCAGUUUGGAUCAACACACUUUGACCAUGAAAGAGUUUGAUACUUGGAGUGAUAUUGAGAAUAAUUUAUACCAACGAACCAUCGCCGCCGGUGGCUCGAAUGUGCCCGUUCUGCUUGGAAUCGGUGGAUGGACCGAUUCCGUUGGCAGCAAGUACUCGAAUAUGGUUAGCUCUCCGCAACGACGUAGUAAUUUCAUAGAAAGUGCUGUAGUUUUUCUUAAAACGCAUGGUUUCUCAGGCUUGCACUUGGACUGGAAUUACCCUGUCUGCUGGCAAAGCGAUUGCUCCAAAGGUCCUUCAAGUGAUAGACCAAACCUAACCAAACUGAUCAUGGAAAUGAAGAGAGAGUUUGCAAAAAAAGAUCUGCUUGUGAGUAUGAGCAUUUCAGGGUACAAAGAGGUUCUCACAGAAGCCUACGAAAUAGCCCAACUAUCUAAAACGGUAGAUUUUAUGACAGUCAUGACCUACGAUUAUCAUGGUUCCUGGGAGUCACAAACUGGUCAUGUGAGUCCGUUGUACGGAGCUUCCGGGGAUAAAUAUCCACAGUACCAUGUUGAUUACGCUAUGCAAUUACUGGUCAAGAUGGGAGCACAGAAGGACAAACUAGUUAUGGGUGUCCCGUUGUACGGCCAAACAUUUACGUUACGGAAUAAACCCACCAGUGAUACACCGGGUGUAGGGACCCCAGCUUCAGGACCUGGACAUGCAGGUGAAGAUACUAAGCAACCCGGUAUGUUGGCGUACUUUGAAAUUUGUCAAAGAGUUCGCAAGUCAAAAUGGAAGGUCGGUCGUGAUUCUGCCCUAAAAUCCGGACCUUACGCCACAAUGAAAGACCAAUGGGUAGGAUAUGAUGAUCCAGUUUCAGCCACGGUGAAAGCCAAGUAUGUUAUGAAGGCUGGUUACGGUGGAAUAGCUGCCUGGACGAUAGAUUUGGACGACUUCCAAAAUAAAUGUUGUGAGGAAAGAUAUCCAGUGCUAAGUGCUAUUAACCGUGCAUUUGGACGUUUGAAGACUUCCCAGCCAACGGUAGUGGACUGCACGCGUCCGAUUCAACCAGUCACACCACCGCCCGCUGUUAUGACUGUUCCAGUGGACGGAGGCCUUGCGACAACGUCAGCUACAACGUGGCCAUCUUGGCAAGAAUCUUCAACCACCAGAAAACCAACAACUACAUCAACCACAACUACAACCACAACGAGAAGACCAACGACAACAACCCACCGAACUACAACGACUACCCGUAGGACAACGACUUCUACAAGAAGAACAACAACUCCGACACCAACCACAACAACUACGACUACUACUACUUAUGCACCACAAACGACUACCGUGGGUACCACAAUACCUGUCCCGGGAUUGGUUCAACCCGAGUUGGAGGAAGGCGAUGCCUGUGAACCAAACCAAUACAAAGCGCAUCCAUCUAGCUGUAACUCUUACUAUCGCUGUGUCUACGGACAAUUCAAGCAACAAUUUUGCGCCGGUGGACUUCACUGGAACGAAGCAGCCAUGCUGUGCGAUUGGCCAUCAUCAGCGAAAUGUACUAAAGAGUCGAAUCCCCAAGAAAUGGAAGAGAUACCCCCGACUACCAGUAUGGCGCCAACAACUACCCGACGAAGGACAUCAACAAAAACAACGGCGUAUACUACGCGCACUACCAGGAGCACUACGACACCACCACGGGUGCAAGCGACGCAACGCCCAAUGAAGAAACCCACCACGACUACGAAGAAACCUGUUACCACUACCAAGAAACCGGACCAGCGACCCGUUGAGAAAUGUACCAACGGAGAGUACUAUCCGCACAAAAGUUGCGACAGCUUUUACAUCUGUGUCAAUGAGAAAAAGGUCGCCCAACAGUGUGGCCCUGGUUUGCUGUGGAACCACGAUGAUAAAAGUUGCGACUGGGAGGAUAAUGUUAACUGUGUUAGCCGUGCCCAGUAUUACAAGCUACUUGCGAAGUACUCAAGAUUGGCCCCUUAUAAGGUUCUAUCCGAAGAUGACCCGUGCGAUGGACAUAAUUAUGUACCAUAUCCGGGUGAUUGUACACAGUAUUUGAUCUGUAACUGGGGUCGCUUGGAGGCUGCUAGCUGUGCCGAUGGUUUACAGUGGAACCAGCAGCAGAUGAUCUGCGACUGGCCAGCGAAUGCCAAAUGCGAGCAGAGCUCGUCACCCGAAAGCACCGAGAAUAGUUCCGAGGAAGUGGGAUCGUUGCAAGAAGUUGAUCAAGAGAUUGAUCGUCCGGCCAGCAAACCAACGACUACGACGACAACCACAAGUACUACCACGACCACAGAGGCUCCAGUGCUUGAACCACUAUCGGGUUAUUAUAAUAUGAUAUGCUACUUCACCAAUUGGGCUUGGUAUAGGAAGGGAUACGGGAAGUACACUCCUGAUCAUAUUCGAACAGAUCUUUGUACGCAUAUUGUUUAUGGAUUUGCGGUGUUGGAUUACUCCACGCUAACAAUUAAGACACACGAUUCCUGGGCCGAUAUUGAUAACAAAUUCUACACCAGGGUCGUAGCUGCGAAAGAAAAAGGCGCUAAGGUAACACUCGCCAUCGGUGGAUGGAACGAUUCGGCAGGGGACAAAUACAGUCGACUGGUUAGGAGCGCUGCAGCCAGAGCUAGGUUCAUCCAGCAUGUUGUUGGAUUCCUGGAGAAGUACGGAUUCGAUGGAUUGGAUCUUGAUUGGGAGUAUCCGGUAUGUUGGCAGGUUGAUUGCAAGAAGGGAUACCCUGAUGAGAAGGAAGGUUUCGCCAGUCUGGUGCGUGAGUUAUCUGCUGAGUUCAAACCUAGGGGAUGGUUGUUGUCUGCCGCUGUAUCUCCCAGCAAGACGGUCAUUGAUGCAGGUUAUGAUGUUCCUGUAUUGGCGAAAUAUUUCGAUUGGAUCGCUGUGAUGACAUACGACUAUCAUGGCCAAUGGGAUAAGCAGACCGGACACGUUGCUCCACUAUAUUACCAUCCACAGGAUGAGAUUGACUUCUUCAACGCGAACUACACCAUCAAUUACUGGAUUCAAAAUGGAGCACCUUCGAGAAAGUUGGUUAUGGGAAUGCCGUUGUAUGGCCAAUCGUUCACAUUGGCUGAUCCCAAGAAUAACGGACUGAACGCAAAGGCUCCAGGACCUGGUCAAGCAGGAGAAUUCACUCGAGCGGCUGGUUUCAUAGCGUACUACGAGAUUUGUGACCGAAUUCAAAACAAAGGAUGGACUGUUGUGCAGGACGAGCUGCAACGAAUGGGACCAUAUGCCUACAAAGGCAAUCAGUGGGUUUCCUUUGAUGAUAAGGAGUCACUGCUCAGAAAGGUUCAAUACAUCCGGGCGAUGAACCUUGGCGGCGGCAUGAUUUGGGCACUUGAUUUGGAUGAUUUCAAAAACCGCUGCGGACAAGGUCAUCACCCACUGCUCACCGCUAUUCGGAACGGACUGAUAGACCCACCAUCUGGGGCGGAAUCGUUGCCGCCUAUCGUUGCCGAACAGGGAGGAAGUCAAGAGCCAGUCAGUCCAAAUAGUAUCUCUUCAGCCAGCAACAGCAAUAAUGGUAACGACAUUCAGCACCCAUCUACGGGUGGCACCGAUCAAGACGAGAACGCCAUCGACUCCGAUGAAACUUACAAGGUGGUCUGUUACUUCACCAAUUGGGCUUGGUAUCGACAAGAUAAGGGAAAAUACCUCCCAGAAGACAUAGACGCUGAUCUUUGUACCCACAUUGUGUAUGGAUUUGCGGUUCUAGAUCGACAAAAUCUGGUCAUCAAGCCGCACGAUUCGUGGGCGGAUAUCGACAAUCGGUUCUACGAACGUGUCGUUGAACUCAAGAGGAAGGGUAAAAAGGUUACGGUAGCUAUUGGAGGUUGGAAUGAUUCGGCCGGUGACAAGUAUAGCCGAUUGGUACGGAACGCGAAUGCGAGGAGCAAAUUCAUCGCUAACGUGAUGGCAUUCAUCGAGAAGUAUGGCUUCGAUGGGUUAGAUCUUGAUUGGGAAUACCCGGUGUGCUGGCAAGUAGAUUGUACCAAAGGAUAUCCCGAUGAGAAGGAAGGUUUUGCGAGUUUAGUCAUAGAACUGUCGGAAGCUUUCAAACCCAAAGGAUUGCUUCUGUCGUCUGCCGUGUCCCCGAGCAAGAAGGUCAUCGAUGCAGGCUAUGAUGUCGUAGCCAUGUCGUCUUACAUGGAUUGGAUUGCGGUGAUGGCCUAUGAUUACCACGGUCAGUGGGAUAAGAAAACUGGACAUGUUGCUCCCAUGUACGAACAUCCUGACGAUUUUGACAAAACCUUUAACGCUAACUUUACGCUGCACUAUUGGAUUGAAAAGGGAGCAGAUCCUCGCAAAUUAGUUAUGGGUAUGCCUAUGUAUGGACAAUCGUUUUCGCUAGCUGACAACAAUAAGCAUGACCUCAAUGCCCGAACAUACGGAGGUGGCGAAGCAGGAGAUUACACUCGAGCUCGAGGGUUCCUCUCAUACUAUGAGAUUUGCAACAACAUCAGGGAAAAGAAGUGGACGGUAGUGAGAGAUCGCAAAGGUCGGAUGGGACCGUAUGCUUACAAAGGAGAUCAGUGGGUAUCGUUCGAUGAUCAGUACAUGAUUCGACACAAGAGCGAAUACGUUAAGGCGAUGGGACUCGGUGGUGCUAUGAUUUGGGCCCUCGAUCUCGAUGAUUUUCGUAAUUUAUGCGACUGUGAAGAAUAUCCAUUGCUGAAAACAAUCAAUCGAGUACUGAGGAACUAUCCUGGACCUGGGCCGAGAUGUGUCCUGGAGAAAGACCCGCACCGAGAGAAACCCAAACCAACGAAAACGCCAACACCAUCAACCCGGGAAACAACCAGGAGGCCAACCACAACGACCACAAGACUUACCACGACUACUAGAAAACCAACUACCACAACAAGAUGGCGAACGUCGACAAGGUCAACUCAGGGCACUACUGAAGCAUAUGAGGAGACAAUUGAACAUGUAAACAAUCAACAAAGUUGUACAGAUGGAAGACUCUUUGCUCCACAUCCAACGGAUUGUAAUAAAUACUAUAUUUGUCAACAUCACAAACUUUAUGAGCAAUCAUGUCCCGAGGGCCUGUUCUGGAGCGGGGAUUAUUGUGACUGGCCACAGAACACCAACUGCCAGGCGCAAGAGCCCAGUGUGCCGUCAACCACUAGAAGACCAAGUCGUCCGACCACGCGGCGAACAACGACUACUGCCGUGCUGUCUACGAGAAAAACCACAACUUGGUGGGCACCAGAAACUUCCUCCAGAGGACCCCCAACUACUACGACGCAUCCCGAGGUUCAGUUAACAGAAAACGGCGACUAUAUCGUGGUCUGUUACUUCACAAAUUGGGCAUGGUACCGUCAAGGUGAUGGUAAAUAUACGCCGGAUGACAUCGACGACACGAUGUGUACCCACAUCGUGUACGGAUUUGCUGUGUUAGAUCGAGAAAGUCUUACGAUUAAAACACACGACUCGUGGGCAGAUAUUGACAAUAGGUUCUACGAGCGGGUAGUGGAGCACAAACGCAAGGGAACCAAGGUGACAUUAGCCUUGGGAGGAUGGAACGAUUCCUUAGGAGAUAAAUACAGCAAAUUGGUGAGGGAUCCUUCCGCACGUUUGCGAUUCGUUAAACAUGCUGUCGAGUUUAUUGAAAAAUACAACUUUGAUGGAUUAGAUUUGGACUGGGAAUAUCCGGUGUGUUGGCAGGUCGACUGUAAGAAAGGUUAUCCGGAUGAAAAAGAAGGGUUUGCUGAUCUCGUGAAAGAACUGGCUAUAGAAUUCCGACCGCGUGGAUGGUUGCUUUCGGCAGCGGUUUCACCAAGCAAGAUGGUUAUUGACGCUGGAUAUGAUGUGCCAGUUCUUGCCGAGUACUUCGAUUACAUAGCAGUGAUGACAUACGACUUCCAUGGGCACUGGGAUAAGGAGACCGGCCAUGUAGCGCCACUUUAUUAUUAUCCGGGAGAUAAACAUGAUGUCUUCAACGCAAACUACUCCAUCAAUUACUGGAUUGAGAAGGGGGCUCCUUCGAGAAAGUUGGUGAUGGGCAUGCCACUGUAUGGUCAAUCCUUCUCACUUGCUGAUACCAGUGAACACGGACUGAGGACUAAAUCUUAUGGACCAGGAGAAGCUGGACAGUUUACACGUGCAGGUGGUUUCCUGGCAUACUAUGAGAUUUGCGAGAAAGUUAACCAAAACGGUUGGACCGUUGAACGAGAUCAGAAGGGUCGAAUUGGACCAUAUGCCUAUCGUGGAAAUCAGUGGGUUAGUUAUGAUGACGUUGAUGAAAUUCGCCGAAAGUCGCGCUUCAUCAAGGAGAUGAAUCUCGGAGGCGGAAUGGUCUGGGCGCUGGAUUUGGAUGAUUUUAGAGGACGAUGUGGAUGUGGCAAGCACCCACUGCUCCGGACGAUGAACCAGGAGCUUGGAAGGAUCAGCACCAAGCGACCGGAGAAUUGCACCUAAUUGCUGUUUUUGUUGAGGUAUCUGACGGAUGCACUUGCAAAUGUGUUAUAGAUGAGAAGUGAUAAUAAAUCGAAUACAAGUUA